AAGUGCCAACUUGUGAUGUAAAAAGUGAACAGAGGCUUAGGAGCUCCGAAAACCCUCCAACACCAUCGAAGGCAAGGGAAGGCCCAGCCAUAGAAAUGGCGAAGAAGAAUAAGAAGCAGACAGCAGAUGCAGAGGCCGAACCACAUCUGAACGUCGACAAUGGCCACAGUGAUGAUUCUCACAGUAAGAAGAAGCUUAAGAAGAAGAAGAAGAAGAAAAAGAAGAUACCCACAGUCACCAUAGCGGUGCCUGCUUCUAUCAUUGACAACGUUCCAACUCUCGAGCUCGCUACACGGUUGGCUGGUCAAAUUGCUCGUGCUGCAACUAUUUUUCGAAUCAACGAGGUGGUUGUGUUUGACAAUAAAAGUGACCCUGAUAAAGAUUCCAUGCUGGAUAAUUCAGAUGAUGAAAGUGGUGGUGCUUUUCUCAUGCGAAUCUUGCAGUAUCUUGAGACACCUCAGUAUUUGAGGAAAGCUCUCUUCCCAAUGCAUAACAGCCUAAGAUUUGUGGGCCUGUUGCCACCCCUUGAUGCUCCCCACCAUUUGCGCAAACAUGAGUGGGGUCCGUAUCGAGAAGGUGUCACAAUAAAAGAAAGAGACACGAACUCUGGGCCAACAUUGGUUGAUGUUGGUUUAGCUAAGCAUGUUAUAGUUGACCAAAUGCUUGAACCUGGAAUAAGAGUCACUGUGGCAAUGGGUGCCAACCGCAAUUUGGAUUCUGAUUUACCACGCCAGGUUGUCUCAUCAUCUAAGCCUAGGGAAGAAGGAGCAUAUUGGGGAUAUCAAGUGCGUUAUGCACAUAAUAUGAGCUCAGUAUUUAAGGAUUGUGCAUACAAGGGUGGCUAUGAUUUUAUAAUCGGUACCUCUGAGCACGGUCAGAAUAUUAAGUCAUCUGAUCUUGAAAUACCUUCUUUCAGACAUCUAUUAAUUGCCUUUGGUGGACUGGCUGGGUUGGAAGAGAGCAUUGAAGAAGAUGAUAACUUGAAGGGAAAAAAUGCACAGGAUGUAUUUAAUUUAUAUUUAAAUACAUGUCCACACCAGGGGAGCCGAACAAUUCGAACAGAGGAAGCUAUUUUUAUCUCUCUUCAGUACUUCCAAGAACCAAUCAGCCGAGCAAUGCAGGGUUGAACAUUGUUGAAGUCUUUAAAAUUCUAUUGUUAGGACAUUGAUUCUCCAAAUGAUGGCUGAAACUGUGACACAGGCUGAAUCAGAUACUGUCCCUCUGCCUCAUCCCAAACUGGGCAUUUUGUGGCAGGAUUUUUCUCCCAGACUCUUUGAAAUUGUAAUACCUUGGGUGUAAAACGUUAUAAAACUUGCAAAUAGAGUAGUGUUCCAUCUAUACAUGUAAUUGAGAAAUGGAAAUUGCUAUUGAAUCAGAUGGAAUAGAUGUUAACGUUAUGACGAUUGUGU